UAGUACUCCGAAAUUGGUUAGGUUUUAACUGUUUUAUUUUAAGUUUAACGGUGUCAAAACUCAAAAAGGCCUCGUCGUCACUACUCACAAUUCUCGCACUCUCGCCCCAACAGCUCUUCCUUCAAUUUGAUCAGAUGGAAGUUGAUGGAAUGAAUGUGGCAGAAACGGAGACAGAGAAGAGGAUUAAGAGGAGAAGGUUAACACCCACACCCACUUCUGAAUUGGAAAGUGCUAAGGAUGCUCUUAUCUGGGUUCGUUUGUGUUAUGGAGACAUCAGAUACGGCAACUUUAAGCGGUUUAAGGUUAACAUCUCCAGCAGUAUGCUUGACAAGCUUAACCAACCAGAUUAUUUAUCAUUGUCUAGUGAUAACUCUAAUAGUGUUAUAGAAUGUGACAUUGAUCCCAAAUUCAAUGGCCCUUUUGAUAUCCCAAAACCCAUUCCAUCCCCUACAAUUGAUAAAACUUUUAACAAAUUGCCCCGCUGUGCUUCUGUUGGACCUGUAAUGUACGCCCUUGGUGGUGACAGAACUGCAUUCGACGACACCACCUUACACAAGAUGAUCAGUGAUUCCUUAGGUCGUAAUCUCAUCCCUCCAACCAUCAUUGAGCCUGUUUCUGGUGGCAAACCCUCUUAUACCCGCCCUCCUAAAAACAAUAACAUCGAUAAUUCAUCUCACCGCCUUCACUAUUUUGAUUUCACCCAGCCUCACCUUCAGUGUCAGAUCAGUAAAUGUCCCCUUAAUACUCCUCGCUACCUCCCCAAACUGGUUACCAUGGAUGGUAAGCUUUAUGUUUUCGACAGUUAUGAUAUUUCUGAUGAGGAAGCUUGUUUUGGUGAGGUGUUUGAUCCUAGCAUCGGAUAUUGGGUGCCACUUCCAAAGCCUCCCUUUGGUAGGUUGUUAGACCGUGAUCUCUUAGUUUUACCCAUGCCCAAGUAUGAGAGGCUUUUAGUGUUGGGAUCCUAUUCCAAAAUAGUGUACUUUUUUGACACACUCACAUGGUAUUGGCAUCCUUACAACAAUUGUCUUGAUCUUGCUAGAAAACUCUCCAACUUUGGUGUUAGGCGUGGGACUAAUGUUCUAAUCUCUGAGUCCAAUGCUGUUCUCUACUGGAUCGGCCGGGGUGGGCGCUUUUGUGCCUACAAUUUGUUGGAUGGCAAGCAUUGUACUACGGUCCUCUCUGGUUUUGAUAGUGAAUAUGUAAACCAUGUUGUGAGGGACUACACUGCCCAUCCUUUAGUGUUUCUAUCCUUAUCCAAAAAUCUCUUUGCCAUCAUAUGGUGCCAAAAAUCCAUGGAUGAUUGUGGUCGUCUUUCAUCUUGCUUGAGUAUCAAGAUGUUGCAUUUCAAUACGAAUAUUGAUACUGAUUCUGAUUCUGAUAACAAGAUUGAGCCCUUCUUGGCUGUUACUAUGGGGAAAUGCCUGACCUAUACGUUUCAGGACUUAUGUGUCAAUUUAAUUGAUGCUUACUUGAUGGACUCAGGGAUAAAGAUGAAGGGAAGAUAUCAGCUCCGUGGUCGCUGCCCCCCGGUAGCAUAGUAAGCUGGCUGUUGGAGCAUGUGAAACCAUUGGAGUUGCUGCUUAGAGUUACAGAGUACAUGUUAAUAUAAGCCGGUGAAAGUUUAUGUGUACGCAUUAUUUUAAGACUUGGAACUUUUUGAAACAACUUGAAGAGAAUUUUAUUGUGUUGCAAAUAAGCAGAUGUGUAUGUCUAUAAACAAACUGAAGAUUCAGUAUGAUCAUUGUUGUUACUAGCUAAGCAAAACCAUAAAAUGUCUUUUAUCUUUGUUACAAAAAGGAAAUUUUGCUACGACAACAACAAAACUGUAGUCUCAAAAUGAUUUGGUUUUG